AUGGAAAAGCAUUUCGAAAAAUUAGCAUUCAAGUUAGAAGGAACAAAUAAUUGGACCACAUGGAAGUUCCAACUUCGUGUAUUACUUCAAGCAUUAGAAUUAUAUGAUGUAGUUGAAAAAGACGCUUUGACAAAAAUGGCGUCGGAAGAUUUCAUUAAAAAGGAUCGAAAAGCCCAAUCAUUAAUUGUUUUAAACAUCCAUGAGAAAAUAAUGGUGCACAUCAUAAACGCAAAAUCGGCAUCAGAAAUGUGGGCGAAACUAUCAACCAUAUAUGAGAAAAAAUCGUCUACCAGUCUUCAUAUAGAACAACAGAAGUUUUUCCAUUUACAAUGUGACUGUUGGAUAAGGAAAAAUAAAGAAAAUCAGAGAAGUAAGAAAGUUCAGCACACUAGCAAUGAUAUCAGUAAUGCGUUUGUUGCUAAUAUAAGUGAUUCCAGUCAAUGGAUUGUCGACACUGGAGCUAAAAAGGAAACUGGAAAUAAAAUAAAAAUAGUAAGAACAGAUAAUGGGAAAGAAUUCAUAAAUAAUAAUGUUAAAAAAUUAUUUGAAGACAGAGCUAUUAGACAUCAAACAUCAGUAGUUUACACUGCAGAACAAAAUGGAAAAAUAGAAAGAGAUAAUAGAACAGUUGUCGAAUGUGCAAGAACAAUGCUAUUAUCAGCAAAAUUAAAUAAGAAUCUAUGGGCAGAAGCAGUCAAUACAGCAGUGUUUAUUUUAAAUAGAACCGGGAAAACAAAUAUUCCUGAAAAGUCACCAUUUGACAUUUGGUUUAACAAAAAAUAUGACAUAUCACAUCUCAAAUUAUUUGGGAGUAAAGUUCACAUACAUGUGCCAGAUGUGAGAAGGCAAAAAUGGGAUUCAAAAAGUUUAGAAGGUGUUUUUGUUGGAUAUGGAGAGUCUGGAAUAACAGAGACCAAAGGUUAUAGGAUAUACAUACCUACAAAUAAUACAAUAGAGGUAAAAAGAGAUGUAAUCUUUAUUAAAUCAACAGAUGAAAAACAAACAGAUACUUUAUUACCAGAAAGUGAGGUUAUAUUAGAUUUUGAGAGUAUAACUGACUCAAAACAGGGGGAAAAGUGUCAAGAAACCACAAGUUCUAUCAUAGAACAGAGGACACAAGAAAUAACUGAAAGUGAUGUCCAAGAAACUCCACAGAGAUCUCACACAGAUGUACAAACUAUAGAAAAACAAAAAAGACAAAUAAAGAAACCAUUGUGGUGGAAUGAUUAUGAAACAUCAUUUCUAUGUGUCAUUGAAGAGCCAAAAAGUUAUGAAGAGGCUGUCAGCAGUUCAUAUUCUGAAAAGUGGCAGGAUGCUAUGAAUAAAGAAUUACAAGUGCUUAAUGAAAAUAACACAUGGACUGAAGUGCCUGUGCCUAUCGGGAAAAAUGUGAUUGAUUGCAAGUGGGUGUAUAGAGUGAAGUGUGAUAUGGAUGGGAACCCUACAGACUUUAAAGCUCGCAUGAGACAAUCUAGACGAAUGAUCGAACUCUCAAAUCGCAUAAGGUGUCUAAUAUUAUUAUCAAUGCUUUUUAGUAUUUUAUUUACCAUUCUCUCCGUUCAAAAUUAUAAAUAUAUCGAAGAGAUUCGAUUGCAGUUACAAAUACAAGAAGACGAGAAUAAUGCACAUAAUUUUACAAUUAAAACUGAAGGCUGUUCCAUUCCUGCAAUGAAUCCAUUCGACGUCGGCAUCAAAGAAUUCGUGCAUUUUCCUAAAAGUUUAAAAGAAUGCGAUAAACGGAAUGAAACUCUCUUGAAACGUAAUCGAACACAUAUUUGGAUAAAUAAAGACGAAAUUGUUCUAAACGAUGAGCUAAAAAAUAAUAUAGAUUCAUUAAUAUGCUGUUACAAAAGUUUCUUCAUGCCAGAAUCAAUCGUGAACAUUAAAUUGCCAUUCGUCGACGACAGAGUAAAAUACGAAAGUUGUAUAAACUUUUCUGAUGCCAUAGAAGUGAAAAAUGAAUUCGUGCGAGUGACGUGCAAUGUAGGAGAGAUUUGUGUACACGAUGAAUUUUUUAUUUUCGCACUAAAAAAAGAUUACCACGAACAUAACGGUGUAAAAGAAAUAUCAAGAAAUAAGACGGCCUACAACGUUCUGUUCAUAGGACUAGAUGCAGUUUCGAGAUUAAAUUUCCAUAGAACUAUGCCGAAAACGUUGGCGUAUUUGCAAAAUAAGGGCGCUGUGAGCUUAGACGGUUUUAAUAAAGUCGGUGACAACACAUUUCCGAACAUGAUACCUAUGCUGUUAGGUAUAUCAUCAAAAGAACUACAGAAGACAUGUCUCCCUCACAGGAAGGCCGCAUUUGAUAAUUGUCCAUUUAUUUGGGAAUGGUUCAAACAAGCUGGAUACUACACAGCGUUCGGAGAAGAUGGCUCGAGAUUACGGGCGUUCAAUUAUGAUGGAGCGGGUUUUAUCGAUGCUCCCACCGAUUAUUAUCUGCACACGUUUAUGAAAGAGGCCGAGAAGAAUUCUGGUAAUAAUAAGGAUAUAUUUUCAUACCUGUGCAUGCACGAUAAAUAUUUUUAUAAAGUCCUCUUAGAUUACGUUGCAGAUCUAACAUUUACGUUGAGUGACAAGAAAUUGUUCGGUUUCUUUUGGGAGUUCAGUAUGACCCACGAUUAUUUGAACUAUCCGAUGAUUAUGGAUGAUGAUUAUGCGAGUGUUUUCACCGUAUUGGAACGUAGUAAAUAUUUGGAUGAUACUGUUGUGUUUUUAGUCAGCGAUCACGGUAUGCGGUGGGGUGGUAUUAGGUUGACAAAACAAGGCCGUUUGGAGGAACGUUUGCCAUUUGCAUUUAUAUUACUGCCGCGUUCAUUUCGCGAUAACUAUUCAGAUGCGUACGACAACUUGAAACUGAACGGUCAACGGUUGACUACACCAUUCGAUAUUCACGCAACAAUGUUAGACUUAAUCGACAUGGAAAAUAUUAGAGACGAAAAGAUUUUUACGAGAAAACAAGAGAGUUACGGAGACAAAAGAAGCAUCAGCUUAUUUUUACCGGUACCAAGCAAUCGGACGUGCGAAUCGGCCGAGAUCAACGAGCAUUGGUGUACGUGUAAUGAAGAGCGAUCAAUUUCAAAAGACGACCCCUAUGUAAUCGUGGCGUCUACGUAUUUAAUUGAACAUUUUAACGAAAUACUAUCGGAUUACCCUCAAUGCGCGCGUCUUAGGAUUGGAGAAAUUAUAGAAGCUUUGGAAAUAGUUGUAAAGCCAUCUAAUAAUGAAAUAGAUUUGAGAGUGAUCACGGUGGUGUUACGGUCAAAACCUGGUGAUGGUAUUUUCGAAGGUACUCUGCGUCAUGUGAAUGGUGCAUGGAGUAUUUCAGGUACGGUUAGUAGAUUAAAUUUAUACGGCGAUCAAGGGAGAUGCAUGCCUGAUUUGCGUUUGAGAUUGUAUUGUUAUUGUGAUUUCUUGUAA